CAAGGGUGGAGCCCGGCCUGGCUGAGCCCUAGUCGCAGAGGCCCGGCUCCCGGGACCUGGUGGAGGUAGCAGCGACAGCGACAUGGCCGCUGCCUCUGAGGACAAUGUAUAUCACAGCUCAAAUGCUACCUACAGAGCCUUGAGCAGCCCUCGCAAAGCUGACCAGGAAGCCCUGCUGGGGAAACUACUAGACUACCCAGCCCCUGGCCUGCAGAGGCCGGAGGACCGCUUCAAUGGCGCCUACAUCAUCUUCUUCUGCCUGGGAAUUGGGAGCCUACUGCCCUGGAACUUUUUUGUAACUGCCAAGGAGUACUGGGCAUUUAAACUCCGCAACUGUUCCCACCUGGCGUCAGGGAGGGACUCCGAGGACACAGACAUCCUGAACUACUUUGAGAGCUACCUGGCAGUCGCCUCUACUGUGCCCUCCCUGCUAUGCCUCGUGGCCAACUUCCUGCUUGUCAACAGGGUCCCAGUGAAUGUCCGUGUUCUGGCCUCGCUGUCCGUCUCACUGGCCAUCUUUGUGGUUAUGAUUGUGCUGGUGAAGGUGGAUACUUCCUCCUGGACCCGAGGCUUCUUCGGUGUCACCAUCGCGUGCAUGGCCAUCGUCAGCGGCUCCUCCACCAUCUUCAACAGCAGCGUGUAUGGUCUGACAGGCUCGUUUCCCAUGAGGAAUGCCCAGGCAUUGAUAUCAGGGGGAGCCAUGGGAGGGACGGUCAGUGCCGUGGCCUCACUUGUAGACCUGGCAGCGUCCAGUGAUGUGCGGGACAGCGCCCUUGCCUUCUUUCUCACGGCAGCAGUCUUCCUUGGGCUCUGCGUGUGGCUCUACCUUCUGCUGCCCCGGCUGGAGUAUGUCAGGUACUACAUGAGGCCGGUUGCCCCAGUCCACGUGGUUUCGGGUGAAGACGACCCAUCACAGGACACUCCCGGUGACUCCUCGGUAGGCCCUGGGUCAGGAGUGAUACACUUGGUGCACACGCCACCCCUGGGACCUAUCCUGAAGAAGACAGCCGGCCUUGGGUUCUGUACUGUCUUCCUCUACUUUGUCACUGCCCUCAUCUUCCCUGCCAUCUCCACCAACAUCCAGUCCAUGCACAAGGGCACCGGCUCUCCGUGGACCUCCAAGUUUUUUGUGCCCCUCACCGUCUUCCUCCUUUUCAACUUUGCCGACCUCUGUGGCCGACAGGUCACAGCCUGGAUCCAGGUACCAGGUCCUCGGAGCAAGGUGCUCCCCGGACUGGCACUGUUGCGUGUCUGCCUCGUGCCCCUCUUCCUGCUCUGUAACUACCAGCCACGAUCACACCUGACUGUAGUGCUUUUCCAGUCCGACAUCUACCCGGUGCUCUUCACCUGCCUGCUGGGGCUCAGUAAUGGUUACCUCAGCACACUGGUUCUCAUCUACGGGCCCAAGAUCGUGCCCCGGGAGCUGGCUGAGGCCACCGGUGUGGUGAUGUCUUUCUAUAUGUGUGUGGGCUUGAUGCUGGGUUCUGCCUGUGCAGCCCUUCUUGAACACUUUAUCUAGGAGGGGCAGCAAGAAUGUGGGUACUGCGUGAGGCUUGGGCCCUUGGGAGACAGAUGCACAGGGCGAGCCGAGGUCUCAGAUAGUGUUAAGCAAAGGGCUGGUGUUUCGUUUGGUGCAGAGCAGAGCCCACUCAGGCUGCCUUUCUCUAAGGGUGCUUUUGAGCCACAUCCUUGCACAGGAUGGCAUUCCAGACAUAGACCAGCUAGGUGGCUCGUACCUGUAAUCUCAGCAUUCAGGAGGCUGAGCUGGAGGAUUGCUGCGAGUUCGAGGCCAGUCUGGCUACACAGUGAAAACCUAUCUCAAAAAAUAAGCUAAAACAAACAAAAACCCCUGAGACAUUCCAAACACAUCAAGAGAACACUCCAGAGCCAUUUGAAGGAUACAAUUGUAGCUAGGACACAGUGUUUGUUUCACGUUCACAGAGCCCUGACUCCUAUCCCUAGCACUGCAUAAACUGGACGUGUUAGUGAAAGCCUGUAAUCCCAGCACUUGAGAGGUGGAAGCAGGAGGGUCAGAAGUUCAUGGUCGUCCUCAGAUACAUAGGGAGUUUGAGGCCAAACUGGGCUACAUGAGACACUGUCUCAAAAAAAAAAAUACAGUUGUAAAGAGAGGGUAUAUUGUGGCUAAUAAGUAGCCUAACUUAUUAUUAAGAAGUGUCUAACCAGUGCUGUCACAGGUCAGGACCCAGUCUCAUUCUUUCCAACUGACAACAGGGUGGGAGGGAGAGAAUCUUUAGUGGUCCCUAUACUGAAAGAGACUCCUGGAUUUGAGGUCCUCUCUGCAAUUGCCAGUGCUUAGACUUAGAGCCCAAGUAUGAGCUGAUCCCCGGGGUUCCGUGGUUGAGAGUUGACCAGCCAUCUGGAAAGCCCUACAAAGCAGGCUUCCUAACCCUCCCUGCUUGAGGCCUGGUUCUCCUGAAUUCUCUCUGUGUCAGGGACUGAGCCUGGUAGGCUGGUCCCCAGAUGAGGACCCUGUGACUCUGUAGCCUGUUUAGGGCAGGGGAAGUCUUUUUGACAGUCAUGUUUACAGCCUGUUGGGGCUCUUGGUUCAAGGGCAUAAUAAAUACUGGGGUUCUCGAUGUGAGCUUUGUUGAUAUCUCCAUCAGUUGAUGUGGUGGCAGAAAAGAGUGUGCUAAGAUUGGAUGAUUUGGAGGGAUGUAGGGACAGGUCCAAGAACCUCCAAGGGCUUGGGGCGCACUACCUUUCCCUGUUGCUGUAACAAAAUACCCAACUAAAGCAGCUUAAGGAAGAAAGGGUUUCUGCUGGCUCAGUCUUAAGGGGACCCAGUCCCUGUCAUCAGGGUGGGAAAGGCACAGCAGUAGAUGUGAAAGUGGCUGGCUGAUCACCUUGUGUGCACAGUCCAGACCUUGGUCCACGUGUUGAAACUGUGCUGCCCACAUCUAGGGCAGGUCUUCUCUUCUUAGUUGUAUUCCUCCGGAAACAUCCUAGCAGACACGUGUGUUUCCAUGGCAAUUCUAAGUCUAGCCUCAUAGACAAUGGAGAUCAGCCAUCAUCCUAUUGAAGAAUCAGUAAGAGUGAGCCCCUUCCAUGCUGAGCCAGAGGAGGCUAGCAGCAAGCCCUUCUAGAGUGUAGGCUUGUGACCUUGCUUGGGGCAACAGGUUCAGACAGCUGUGACCUCAGGAGAGAGGCAGGGACUCCCUCCUCCACCAGCCCACUGUCUGUACAUCCUAAAGAUCAUACAACUACCAGAGAGGGAGGAAGCAUGUGAGGUGAGGGUGGGCAGAAAGAGGUCCUGCCUAAGGUGUUGCCCAGCUGGGCCAGCUGUCACUUUUGCUGUCUUGGGUUUUGAGAUGUCAGUGUAGUGCUGACCCUUGCUCAGCAGAAAGUGGGGUUGCUUUGUUCUGGUUCAGUUCCUGGCAGUUGCAGUUGGGGCAGUCUCAGAAGAGGACCUCCAGACUCUGUCACCCCACCCAGGAGACUAUGUACCCUCACAUUCAAUAUGUGUGGAGUGACAUGGAUGCCGAGUACUGGUCUGACAGAUGACAAGGGCUCCUGAGAGACCAUUCCUCUGGGAGAAUUCCUCUGGCUUGGGAACCAUGACACUUCAGCACACCAAGUGUCCUUUCUCAAGGUUCCUGCAGACAGAGAAGAGCUCAUCCCCAGUCAUGGUUACUCUCUGAGCCAUGAGCCGAUGGAGGAGCAUGGGCUGGGGGUCCUGUAGAUGCUGAUUAAAUGGGAGGCAUUGUAAUCCCCCCCAGUGGCAUCAGCUUAUGCUCCCUGCCGUCUUCUGCUUCACACUCCUGUUCCAACUGAAGGAUGGGAGAAGACACCCUUGAGGGGGUUUCUAAAUUUGAACCUAGUAAAAAACAAAACAAAUGUAGUAAGAAGGCCGCUUGUUCGUUUCCUAGCUGCCCAGACGC